AUGGAUGAAACUAACAGUUAUCCCGUGAGGGGUCUCAUUUCAUUUGACGCUUUGGAAAAUCCAUCGUGGCACUCAAGUGCUCGUUCAAAGGAGACGCCACGGAAAACGGUUACAGAAAUGAUCAGUAGCAUCACGCAGUAUCACAAGCGCUGGGAAAAAGCUGUAGCGGAGAACCACUAUCACGAGGAUUUGAUAAAAAAGGUAAAAGAAGAUUUUCUCGUCGAGUUUGUUUUUCAUGUCAAUCGCGAAGAAGGACAUGGAAUCACUACUUUCAAGGAUACCCAAAUCUUUCUUAGUAAUUGUUCUUCUGAAAGACGCGUGUCGGCUGGCAGUUCCUUCUCCCUUGAACAGCAAGAAACAGUAAACUUAAUUAAUGCUUAUGAAAGCUUGUUAGAAAAAAUUAAGAGUGAAGAACUAACCAGUGAUUAUGGACUCCUGGAGGUCGGUUUACUUAAAGAGACUCACCGUUUGAUACUACAGAAUAUUCCCCAACAUGGAGGUUUAACAAAACCCGGAGAAAUGAGUAACAAACCAAGAGUUACAGAAUUUAAAGGGGAGAUAUACCACUACGCAAAUCCAGACGAUAUGGAAAGUACAGUCAUUAACUUACUUGACAAAUACAACUUUCUUUAUGAUUCCUGUAUCGAGGAGAAAGGAGGACCCAACGAAGAUAUUGAUGUUUACAGCUUACUGAAGACAUGUUCGUGGUUUUUGUUUGAACUUCUUGAUCUGCACCCAUUUUCUGAUGGAAAUGGAAGACUUUGCCGCAUUCUUAGUAGUUACUGCUUGUCAAAGCUUAAUCCAUUUCCCACACCAAUUUACAACGUCUGGACAAAUUCAUGUAAAGGUAAUUACAUUGAAGCCUUGGUUGAAGCUAGGAAGUCACCAGACAGACAGCCUUGUGCUCUGACUACAAUGAUAAUUGAGUGCACCUACUAUGGAUGGGAGAAAUUUUUCAAAGCCUUGCAAGGAUCAACCGAUAGAAAUUAUGUCGCAGGAAACUCCAGAAAAGUUGACAAGUCAUGCUUAACUCAGUCAAACUCUUACAGUAAUAUCAAACAUUUAUUUGAAGUUCCUACCCUUCCUUGUGUAGCCUCAGUUCCUUGUUAAGAUGUUUUCUAAAAAACUUUGAAUGAAGGGGCAUUUACUUGCUAUCACUUACUUAUACUAUUUCUAUAUUUGUGCAAGUAUUGUGAGUGUGAGUUUAAGUAUGGUAGAGAAAGGAGCUGGACCUUGGGGUUUGUGGGGCAUCAUGUCUCAUGAUCACUUUAGAAGUGUCUUCCACCAGCUUCCCCUAUCCAGCUUUAAUAUUUCCCCUCCACAGUGAGUUUUUGUUGUGCCACUGUUUGAUUGUACAGAAAAUUUAUUUUUGUAUAGACUGGACAAGUUACUUUAUUCUAUUGAUAAUAUUGUAUUUUGACUUUGGAAAAAUGCUUUCUAUCACAACUUUAACCUCAGCAUCCAAUGCUCAACAGUUACAGUGUAGUCUGUUUUACUCUAUUACUAUUUCCCAAGAAUGUAAAAUGUAUUUCUUUACACAUAGUUUAUGGUUGAUCAGUAAGUAAGGACUGCAUGGUGAUUCUUCUAUCAAGUGGAUGAAAGAAGUUCAACCAUUUGAAAGAAGUUCAACCAUUUGGUGGGUUAUUGACUAAAAACAGAACUUAUUAAUGUUAAAGUUAAAGAGAAAGUUAUGGUCACUUUUUGUAAGAAUUAUUCUUUUUUUGAUGUCUUGGCUUAUUUUCAUAAUAAAUGAAUUAUUAAUUAAAGCUUAUUGUCUAUUCCUUACUGAGGUGAAACAAAUCAUGAUGAAUUUUUGUCUUUGAUGGCUCAGGUUUUCAAGAAUGUCACAGCCGCUGAUUUUGCCUUCUACAAAAAAACUGUUAAUAGAAUCCAGCACUUGGGUGGGGCAUUUGAACACAAUUUUGGCCCAGGGGGACCUGAAUUCAAACAAACCAAUCUUCAUAGUUGAAAGUUCUCAAGGGUGAGAGAUGUGAAGCUUUGAAUAGAUUGACACAUUAUGUGGAAAUGAUAGGUUGCCCCUUGUAACAAAUUUGUAUUCAGGGUCACUCCUCUUUUUUGGGUAAAGAAUGAAAUAUGAAAAACCAAUAAAACCCAGUGACAAAUUUGUUAUUGAUAAUCAUUAUUCUUUAGAUUGUGUGUGUGAUAUUCUCAGGUAUCACCCAGUUUUUUGCUGGGGAUACUCAGUCAUGUGCUGAGUUUAGACCAGUUGCAAGCAAGAAAAAUAUUUGAUGGAUCUUAAAGAUACAAAUACAUAUAUGGUACCUCAAAGUACCUUUCUCAUACCUUUCUGAUGGGACAAAUCAUAAGUCUUUUGGAGUGCAAAAGAUAUGGAUAUAUAUCAAAAAAUUUUUCCCACAGUGGGGAAAACAGUUAUUGCCAACAAUAAGAAGAUGCAGGGGAAACAUGUUUGCUUUAUGUCAGCUUCCUUCUCGAACCAAAACCUCCAAAACAAAUUGGUCUGUCUAUAUGUAACACGGACCCAUGAGAAAGCUUAUCUCACUUCCAGGUCUAUACACAAACCUUGAGCCUACGAUUAUUUUGGGUUCUUGUCCAGCUUCUGAGGCCUGCAUGGUGACAUUUUAUUUGGCGACUAUACCGCUGACAAGGAGCCAAAAUGACUCUGGGCUCGAGAUUCCUGAUAUACCCCACUGCGCCCCCCACAGCCAGCUGAUAUCCACGAGGAGAGAGCAUGGCUGCCAAGGAUGCACACGGAAGUACUGAUGAUGAGAACAGAAAGAGACGACUGUCACAAUACCUACCUUUUGAAGCAACUGAAACUCCUAAGUGGGGUAAAAAAGAAGAUGUUUCAGUCCAGGAGAUGAUAGAAAAAAUACUGAGUCAUCUCAGAGAGUGGGAAGAAAUCAAAGAUAGAUACGAUGAAGAGCUGAUCGACAAAGUCCAGAAGCAGUUUCUUGUCCAAUUUAUUUCCCACGUGAACAUGGAAGAGGAAAAGGGUUUUUCAACUUUUGAAGAAACCGAUGAAUUUUUAAAAAAUUUCUACGCCCGGAACGGUAGUUUGCAACGUCAACUCUCUAUUAAAGAACAAGAAACUCUGAACUUAAGGAACGCUUAUGAACAUUUGUUGGCAAAAAUCAAGAGGGAAGAACUAUCGAGUGAUUACGGCCUUGUGGAAGCAAGUUUACUCAAAGAAACACAUGUUAUGCUAAUGGAAGGCAUUGAAAUUCCAAAAGAUAAGACAAAACCAGGAAUAUUCAGCAACCGCCCUCGAACAACGGAAUAUAAAGGAGAAAAAUACGAGUAUAAGAAUCCAGAAGACAUGGAAAGUGCUGUAUGCAAAUUAUUAGACCAAUGCAAUGUCAUGUUCGACUAUUGUAUCAAAGAUGGCCUCAAGGAUUCUUACGACUUGUACUCUCUGUUCAAAACUUGUGCUUGGUUACUUUUUGAACUUUUAGAUCUACAUCCAUUUUCAGAUGGCAAUGGUAGACUUUGUCGUAUUCUUUGCAGCUAUAUGCUGUCAAAGUUUACUCCUUUUCCAACCCCGGUCUACAAUGUGUGGACAAAUUCGUGCAAAGAUGACUACAGGGAUGCUUUAGUUGCUGCCCGGAAGUCUGAAAAGAGGCAUCCUUGUGCUCUGACAACCAUGAUAAUAGAGUGCAGUUACCAGGGCUGGAAAAAA